UGUACUACAAUACUUUCCCCACAAACAAAAUAAAGCAAAAACCACCACACCACUACUCUCUCUCGCUCUCUCCAUUCAUAGUCAUCCGAACCUUUCGCCAUCUUCCCCCACCCAACUUGUCCUUUUUGUAUUUUUUUGUUUAUUUCCUUCCUUCCUUCCUGCAGCAGUAUCCGGCCGUUUCUCGCCGCCGUCGACCUCUCGGGGGAGAUAACCGAUCACUCUCGGGCAAGUACUAUUGUUUCUUGUCGACUCUCAGUUGUUAAUCAGUUGCCAGUUAAUUAAUUUAGGACAUGUUUAUAAUUUUCUGAUGCGAAUUGCUCUGUUUUGAGUGUUUAUUGUUUGAUUUGGAGAGUUUUGUGGUUAGUUAAGAGUAAUUGGGUAUGUGGGUUGCUCUUAAUUGGAACCAUGGAUGUGUGGGUGUACUGUUUCUGGACUUUUGGGGGCGAACUGAGGCUGAUUAGGUGAAAAAGUUAUCAUUCUGUUUUUGUUUUAGGAGAAUAUGACCGUUUUAUCUGUGAUUGCCAACAAAAAUUAAUAACAAAAAAGUUUUUAUCUUUGCUGUGGAUUUGGAUCUCUGUAGUAUCAGAAUUUCUUUUGUGUGAUGGAGACGAGAAUCGGAGGUAGUGAAGCUCGUUUCUUCUAUGGUCUGAGUUCCGCGGAUUUGAGAGCGGUGGGGAAGAGGAGUCUGGAAUGGGAUCCGAGUGAUUGGAAAUGGGAUGGAGAUCUAUUCGUUGCUAGCCCUUUGAAUUCCAAUCCUAUGAAUUAUCAGAGCAGCCAAUUUCUCCCACCUGGGUCUGGAAUACCCACGGCUGGGGGUGGGGGUUCGUCUAACAGUUCAUCUUCAUGUUCUGAUGAAAUGAAUCUUGGAAUUGAGAAAGGAAAAAGAGAAUUGGAGAAGCGGAGAAGGGUACUUGUAGUUGAAGAAGAUGACAAUUUGGAUGAUGAGGCCCGGAAUCUUACUUUAAAGCUUGGUGGACAUGACUAUCUGAUGACCGGAAGCACGGUUGCCAAUUGUGAUGGAACAAGUGGGAAGAAGACCAAGUUGCUCGGAACUACUACUUUAAACCGCGCAGUUUGUCAGGUAGAGGACUGUGGGGCUGACCUAAGCAAUGCCAAGGACUAUCACAGACGACAUAAGGUCUGUGAGAUGCAUUCCAAAGCCAGUAAGGCACUUGUUGGGAAUGUUCUGCAGCGCUUCUGCCAACAGUGCAGUAGGUUCCACGUACUCCAAGAGUUUGAUGAAGGGAAGCGAAGUUGUCGAAGGCGUUUAGCUGGUCAUAAUAAAAGGAGGAGGAAAACACAACCCGAUAAUGUUGUUAAUAGCAGUUCCUUGACUGAUGACCAGGCUAAUGGUUAUCUAUUGAUAAGUGUACUAAGGAUACUUUCCAAUAUGCAUUCCAAUGGAUCAAACCAUACAAAUGAUGAGGACCUGCUGUCUCAUCUUUUAAGAAGCCUGGCAAACCAUGGUAGCCUGCAUGGUGAUAACAACAUAUCUGGGCUCCUGAGGGAAUCUCAAAACCUGCUGAAUGAUGGACCCUCUGUUAAAAAUUCAGAAAUGGUUUCUGCUUUGCUCUCAAGUAACCUUCAAGGCCCUCCAAUACGUAAUCAACAACAUCACACUGUAUCUGCCACUGAGAUGCCACAGAAAGGGAUAUGUGUGGAUGAUAGAAGGGCUGAAAUUGUACAAACUGCAUGUUCUAUAAAACCUAACAUUCUAUUCUCAAUUAAAGACAGUCCUCCAGCUUAUUCAGAAGCCAGAUACAGUUCCGCAGGGAGGACUAAGUUGAAUAAUUUUGAUUUGAAUGACGUAUAUAUUGAUUCAGACGACUGCAUAGAAGAUUUAGAAAGAUCACCUGUUCGUGUGGAUAUGGGGGCUGGUUCUCUUGAAUGCCCUUCAUGGGCUCAACAGGACUCUCACCAGUCAAGUCCGCCGCAGACGAGUGGAAAUUCAGAUUCAGCAUCGCAGUCACCUUCUAGUUCCAGUGGAGAUGCCCGGAGCCGCACAGAUCGAAUUGUUUUCAAACUUUUUGGGAAAGAGCCCAGAGAUUUUCCUUUUGUCCUGAGAUCACAGAUUCUUAACUGGUUAUCUCAUAGUCCUACUGACAUGGAGAGCUACAUUAGGCCUGGUUGUGUCAUUUUAACAAUUUAUCUUUGUAUGUCUGAAUCUGCAUGGGAGGAGCUUUGCUGUAAUCUGAGCUCCAGUUUGAGUAGGCUUCUGGAUGUCUCUGAUGAUAACUCUUUCUGGAGAAUCGGAUGGAUUUUUGCUAGGGUGCAGCAUCAAAUGGCAUUCAUAUACAAUGGUCAGGUUGUUGUGGACACAUUCUUACCUUUCAAAACAAAUAAUUGUAGUACAAUAUUGAGCAUCAAACCUAUUGCAAUUUCGACAUCCGAGAGAGCUCAAUUUUUAGUUAAAGGAUUUAACUUAACACAGCCCUCCACGAGGUUACUCUGUGUGCUAGAAGGGAACUAUCUGGUUCAGGAAGCUACCAAUGAGGGUGUUGAUGGCCUCAAAGAGAAUGAUGAACUCCAAUGCCUCAACUUCUCUUGCUCUAUCCCUGCAGUGACUGGAAGAGGAUUUAUUGAGGUUGAAGAUCAUGGACUCAGCAGUGGUUUCUUCCCUUUUAUAGUUGCAGAGAAGGAUGUUUGCUCUGAGAUAUGUAUGCUUGAGAAUGCAAUCGAAUUGACUGGGACUGAUGACCUCCAGGGAGGAACUGGGAAAAUGGAAGCAAGAAACCAAGCCAUGGAUUUUAUACAUGAAAUGGGCUGGCUUCUUCACAGAAGUCACUUAAAGUCUAGAUUGGGUCACUUGGAUCCUAAUUCAGACCUCUUUCCUUUCAAACGGUUUAAGUGGCUCAUGGAUUUCUCGGUGGACCGUGAUUGGUGUGCUGUUGUCAAGACACUUCUGGAUAUUCUUCUUGAUGGAACUGUAAGUAAAGGAAGGAACCCAUUCUUGAAGCUUGCACUGUCCGAAAUGAGCCUUCUCCAUAGAGCUGUGCGGAGAAAUUCUAGGCCUGUAGUAGAGUUUCUGUUGAGAUAUGUCCCCGAGAAAGUUUCAGAGGAAUUAAAAUCUGAGCACAAGUCAUUGGUUGGCGAAGAUGACAGCUUCUUGUUUAGACCUGAUGUUGUUGGCCCUGCAGAUUUGACACCUCUUCAUGUGGCUGCUGGUAUAGACGGCUCUGAGGAGGUAUUGGAUGCAUUAACUGAAGAUCCUGGAAAGGUUGGAGUUAAAGCAUGGAAGAGUGCUCGUGACAGCAAAGGUUGUACACCUGAAGAUUAUGCUCGAUUGCGAGGUAACUACUCUUACAUCCAUCUCGUCCAAAAGAAAAUUAAUAGGAGACUGGUAAGUGGGCAUGUGGUGCUCGACAUUCCCAAUAUUCUGUCAGAUUGCCACGUCAACCAAAAGCAAAAUGAGCAACAGAUUGUUAGUACCCAAAUGAGACCCACUCGGCAGCCGUGCAAGCUCUGCGAUCGGAAGAUGGGUUUUGGAAAUGCCAGCAGAUCUCUGCUGUAUAGGCCUGCAAUGCUCUCAAUGGUGGCCAUAGCUGCAGUCUGUGUUUGUGUGGCUCUCCUCUUUAAAAGCUCACCUGAAGUUCUGUAUGUUUUCCGUCCCUUCAGGUGGGAGUUGUUGGACUAUGGACCUCGCUAAGUUAAUUUUAACUGCAGAAUUGUUAAAACCUGAUACAGCUGUUUGUAUUUAUUUGCUUUUAUAGACUGUAAAAUUGAGAUAUGGUGUAGAAUUAGUACUUCGACAGAUUCUGAAUUUGGUAAAAUUGUCAACCUAUCAAGUGUUUGUUGUUCUGUCA